GGGGAACAGGGAGCCACAGUUCAUCUAUGCCAACAUAGUAGGCAGAGCCAAGGGCAAACCCGGGGCCUCAGAAAGCUCACCGAGGGAUCUGUUUGUGGGAGAGGAAGCACAGGCCAGGAGAUGUUCCCUCUCCAUCAGGAGUCCUAUAAAGGCAAAAGUCCACUCUCCUUGAUCUGACCCUAUAACCGACAAGCCUCAAACUGGUCAGUGAGAGACUUAAGGGAGCAUCCACCCCAUGUAUUUGAAGACUUCCCCAGGAAGAAGGUCACACGGAUGAUAGUAAGUGGUAGGCUCAUAUCCAGGUGAUGUGACACUCUUUCUAUCUGACUACCAUCCCUCUCAAAGGGAGGGAAGAAAGUCCAGAAGCUGGGGAAAAUAAGAAGGAGGAAGAUGGGAAGGGACAAAGAAAGAGAAGAGACAUCAGGGGCACUAGCUGCUGGGAACAGAGGUCCUCGCUAUCCAGUGGAACGAGGCCUGAUCACCUCCUGGGCAGACAUGGAGGCCAUGUGGAGAAAUGUUUAUGAGAAUAACUUGAAAAUGAAGUCCCAUGAGAGUCCAGUCAUGCUCACAGAGCCAGCGUUCAACCCUCUAGCUAACAGGGAAAAGAUGACUGAGUUAUUCUUUGAGAAUUUUGAGGUACCAGCCCUUUAUGUCUCUAUCCAGCCUGUCCUGGCCCUCUUUGCCUCAGGCUAUACCACAGGGUACGUGCUGGAUUCAGGUGCUGGGGUAUCCCAGUGUGUGCCCAUCUUUGAAGGCUAUUGCCUACCUCACGGUGUCCUUCGGCUGGAUCUGGCUGGACGAGAUCUCACUGAGUACCUUAUUAAACUCCUCCAAGACCAUGGCAUUUUGCUACUUAGCCCAUCCGACAAAAAGGUUGUAAAAAACAUCAAAGAGAACUACUGUUAUGUGGCUGCCAACUUUGAAGAUGAAACAACCAAAAAUCCUGCUGUGUUGGAGAAAACUUACAAACUGCCUGAUGGAAAGACCAUCAAACUCCAUGAUGAAAUGUUCCGCUGCCCAGAGAGCCUUUUUCUUCCAGGGCACCUGAAUCUGGAGGCCCCUGGCAUUGACAAACUCUGUUACAGCAGUAUAAUGAAGUGUGACAUGGACCUAAGGAACUCCUUCUUCUCCAAUAUUGUCCUUGCUGGAGGAUCAACCUGUUUCCCUGGUUUAGACAAGAGACUAGUAAAAGAAUUGGCUCUCAUGGUACCUGCCAACACUUCUGUGAGGGUUUCUGCUCCACCAGACAGAAAAGUAUCUGGGUGGAUGGGAGGGUCUAUCCUUGCUUCCCUGCCAGCCUUUCAAGAUAUGUGGAUCACUACUGCAGAAUUUAAAGAGGUUGGAGCCAACAUUAUACACCAACGAUGCUUCUGAAAAUCCAUCCAUCACUGAUAAGAUGCUAAGAAAAUGUGUACAUGAAAGAAAGAAUGGAUGAAAAAGAAAGAAAGGAGAGGAGAGAGAGAGAGAGAGAGAGAGAGAGAGAGAGAGAGAGAGAGAGAGAGAGAGAGAGAGAGAAUGAGAGAGAAUGAGAGAGAGAGAGAGAGGAUUUGAAGAGAUUUUACCUAAUUUUUUUCUGGGAAGACAUUUUAACUAUGCCUUUGGUCCACAUCUACAAUAAAACACUGAAGGGGAAAAUAAUGACUAUUUAUUU